CCAGGAACGCUAAAGGCAUGGAAUUUUACUUUUUACAGAAGGACUAUUGGGAAAUCUUGACAGGCGUGUGAAAUAUAAAUAUAGUUUCUAAAUUUAGAUUUUUUUUUUGUUGAUUAUUUUUUUUUUUAACCCAGGAUUUUACACAGCAAUAGACAGUAAAAGAAGAACACAAAAACUUAUUUAUUUAUUUUCUUUUUCUUCCAAAGUGGACAAAAAUGUUCUUUAACUCGAAACCCAUUUUAAUCUUUUUAAUAUCAUGGUCAGCACUGGUGUUGCUGUCCGCUGCUGUGGUCCAUUUACCAACAACAAGCAACUCUCCAUCUCAACGGACACCACAGAAACCAGCUCACGACGCGCCCCAGUCGUUUCCUGAACCAGAAACGAGUUUUCCUAUGUUUGUUGUGAAUUACUCUCGUGUUCAGAUUCCGUUCGAGAUAACAUUAUGGGUGCUACUUGCUUCAUUUGCGAAAAUAGGCUUCCAUGUGUAUCAUAAAAUUACAGUAUGGAUACCAGAGACCUGCUUGCUCAUUGCUAUUGGGCUGGUAGUGGGAGGCAUUAUGCACGCUGUACACGAGGAGCCCCCAGCUGUCCUCACCUCCAGUGUUUUCUUCAUCUACAUGUUGCCACCCAUUGUCCUGGACUCGGCCUACUUCAUGCCCAUUCGGGCCUUUUUUGAGAAUAUGGGCACAGUGAUGUGGUUUUCUAUUCUGGGCACCUUGUGGAACUCCAUUGGCAUUGGCAUCUCUCUUUUUGGUAUUUGCCAAAUCCAAGCUCUUGGUGUUCAGGAUAUCAACCUGCAAGAAAACCUGCUGUUUGCCUCCAUUAUUGCCUCUGUGGAUCCAGUGGCAGUGCUCACUGUAUUUGAGGAUGUCAACAUCCAUGAGCAGCUUUACAUUGUGGCAUUUGGCGAGUCCUUAUUUAAUGAUGCUGUCACUGUGGUGCUUUAUAAUCUCUUUAAUCAUGUGGCGAUCUUGCCAGUGGUGGAUGUAUCAGAUGUGUUUCUGGCUGUGGCACGCUUUUUUGUGGUGGGCUUUGGAGGAAUGUUUUUUGGCUUCCUGUUUGGCUUUGUGGCAGCUUUCACUACACGCUUUACAUGGAAGGUGAGAGAGAUUGAGCCUCUCUUUAUUUUCAUGUAUAGCUACUUGGCCUACCUGCUGGCUGAGCUGCUUUCCCUCUCCAGCAUCAUGGCCAUUGUGACUUGUGCCUUAACCAUGAAGUAUUAUGUGGAAGAGAAUGUGUCCCAGCGCUCAUGCACUACUAUAAGGCACACCAUCAAAAUGCUUGGCACUGUGACAGAGACACUUAUCUUCUUUUUCCUGGGUGUUAUUACAAUAACAACAGACCAUGAGUGGAACUGGGGUUACAUCCUCUUUACUCUGUUGUUUGCCCAACUGUGGAGGUCUCUAGGUAUCCUGGUACUGACACAGAUAAUUAACCCUUUUCGCACUAUCCCCUUCAACUUCAAAGACCAGUUUGGCCUGGCCUAUGGUGGUCUAAGAGGGGCUGUAACAUUUGCAUUAGUUUUCACCCUUCCAGAGACUAUUCUUCGUAAAAAACUUUUUGUCACCACCUGUAUCGUUGUCAUCAUGUUCACAGUCUUCAUCCAGGGUAUUAGUAUAAGGCCAAUUAUUGAAAUGAUGAAUGUUCGAAAAACAAACCGGGAUCUCUGCACCAUCAAUGUUGAGAUUCACAAAAGGCUGAUGGAGCAUACCACUGCAGGGAUAGAAGAUCUCUGUGGACAGUGGAGCCACCACUCAUUAAAAGACAGAUUCAUGAGGUUCAAUAACCGAUUCCUUCGUAAGAUUUUGAUCCGUGAUAACCGGGCUGAGUCGAGCAUUGUGGCGCUUUAUAAAAAACUGGAGCUUCAACAUGCUAUGGAGAUCUUGGACACAGUAUCUGGUGACAUGGACACAGUACAAAUCAUAUCACCGGAUGAGAAGAACAAGUUUGAUAAACCCAAUAAGACAUUGCUAACAACAGAUCUAACAGCCAUGCAUGAUAUUCUGUCAAAGAACAUGUAUAAGAUCAGAGAACGGACAAUGUCCUAUACCAAUAAACAUGCCCUACCUAACGACACCAGAGACAGAGAGAUCCUAAUGAGGCGACACACGAGCAUCCGACGCAGUCUUAGACAUGGAAGACUCCAAAGCAUGGAUGAUGUCGCUGUGCCAAAAUAUUUUUCUCUUCCUACGGGUCAGAGUUUAAACUCCCGAUUUGCUGGAAAAAGACUAAAUACCAAUGGUGAUCCUGACAUUGUGAUAGACCCUAGCUACCCAUUAGCUAGACCCAGAUCUAGGAAACCUUCACAGACUCCCUCCAUGCCAAUGAUACCCCUGAGGAGGCUGGAGCCCUUUAAGGAGACCAUGGAAGAUGAGGUAAAUAACGAGCAGAAGGGGUGUGGCCCAUCAAGCGCAAGCUCCAGCUCUACGUUGUCCAGGGUCUCAGCUUCACAUUGGCAGAGCCACCGUGGGACCAAAGACUAUGAGCCUGAGGGAGAAGAGCAGCAGACUGUAUCUCCUCCUACAGUAUGGAGUCCAGAACCUCCUGAGAGAGGCACCGGUGAGGCACGAAACCCUCUUCUACGGAGAUCUCAGUGGAAGCCACAGGAUCAACGAGGCCAGCAGAAGUGA